AUGCCCAGUCUGGGCACGGCGUUCUACCGGCUCCAUGGCCGGACCCGUGGUCUGGGCAGGGGCAAAGUCCUGCACCAGAGCCGCGACCGAUGCUGGCGAAUCCAUGAGCGGAGUGGAACCAAGGGGAGUGACAGAUACCGGGAAGAUAAUCAAGGAGGUGAUGGAGUCCAGCCCGAGUUGACACUAGAAUUUGGGCGGAUAGUGAUCUACACCACCAGCUUUCGAGUAGUAAGGACCACGUUUGAACGGUGUGAGUUGGUCCGGAAGAUCUUUUCAAACCACAGGGUCAAGUUUCUGGAAAAGAAUAUAGCCCUGGACUGUGAGUAUGGGAAGGACCUGGAAGAACGAUGCAAGCGGGUGGGCGAACCUCCCUCGCUACCAGUCGUGUUCAUCGAUGGACACUACCUCGGGGGUGCUGAGAAAAUAUUGGACAUGAAUGAAUCAGGAGAACUUCAGGAACGUCUGGCCAAAAUUGAGAGGGUACAGCACCCCCACACGUGCCAGACCUGUGGGGGCUUUGCCUUCGUCCCGUGCCCCAUGUGCCAUGGUAGCAAGUUGUCAGUUUUCCGCAACUGCUUCACAGAGUCGUUCAAAGCCCUGAAGUGCACCUGGUGCAACGAGAAUGGCCUGCAGCCCUGUUCCAGCUGCAGCCAAUGAUGACUCUAAGUGCCUGAUCGAAAUAUCCCCUUUCCCCAGGCCCUCACCAAGCCCACACAAUGUAUGGUGUCCAUAUUAGGACAGCCAGAAAUACAAACAAGUCCUAGCGAGACUGAGGCUGUCCUAAUAUGGACACUGUACGGAUUGGACUCUGUCAGAGAUAAGACUUGAUUUUUCACACCAUGGUUUAUCCUCCAUGGGAGAUUGUCAAUAAAAUUGUGUUUUCA